UCAGCGGAGUAGUCGCAGACGCCGCGUCCGGUUCGACGAGGAGGGAGUGUAGUUGCAGUCAUGACGCUCAAGCGGAGCCGGGACCGCUUCUACAGCACCCGCUGCUGCGGCUGCUGCCACGUCCGCACCGGUACCAUCAUCGUGGGCACCUGGUACAUGGUGAUGCAUAUGCUGAUGGGAAUUGUGCUGACUGUAGAAGUGACCCACCCAAACACAGUGCCAACGGUUGACAUACAGUAUGAAGUCAUUGGCAAUCACUAUGCUUCUGGCAGUAUAGCUGAGCAUGUUUGUAUUGUGUUUGCCCUCUCCCUCCUCAUGUUCACAAUCAGCGCAAUGAUGGUGUAUGGAGCAAUUGCUCAUCGAGUGGGCUGGCUGAUCCCGUUCUUCUGUUACCAGCUCUUUGACUUUGUCCUGAAUUGCCUGAUUGCCAUCAGUUCUCUUACUUUCUUGCCAAAAAUUAAAGAUUACCUGGAUCAGUUGCCGGAUUUCCCCUACAAGGAUGAUCUCCUUGCACUUGAUUCAAGCUGGCUCUUGUUCAUUGUCCUGGUGUUCUUUGUUUUGAAUAUCAUCUUAAAGGCCUACCUAAUUAACUGUGUAUGGAACUGUUAUAAAUACAUCAUCAACAGAAAUUUGCCUGAGAUAGCAGUGUACCCGGCAUUUGAAGCUCCUCCACAGUACGUUCUGCCAACCUAUGAAAUGGCAGUGAAGAUGCCUGAGAAGGAAGCCCCACCUCCCUACAUACCUGCCUGAAGCAACGGCUAUGUUACUUACUAUGUAGACCAGCUUAUUGUUGGGGGGUUGACUUCUAAUCUUGCAGAACUGCUUAAAUAGAAAUAUUCAGGGCUUUGGGAGAAAACUGUUUUGUUUUGUUGAAGGACACUUUGAUAUAAACCUGCUAAGCAAAACGUGUCUGAAAACGACUAUUUGCUUUUCCUUUUUCUUUUUUUGUCUUUUUCUUCAUAUUCAGAAACAUUGCCUUUAGGGGAUUAUACUACAAAACUUCUGUAUAUGAACAACUUUACUCUUGUGUGGUUUCUGGUGGUAUCAGCUGAACAGCAUGCAUAAAAUGAGGGAGCCACAGAUAUGAGUAUUUACAGGUGUAGACCAUUUAAUGUAUUGUUAUUUUUGUAACAGUAGUUCAUAAAGACAAUCAGAUCAAGCAGUAAGAACAGUUUGCCUUUCUUUAAAUACACUGCUGUGGAGGGGGAGGGGGUGUGAAUGCGGUACGUUUUAUUAUGUUUUGGGGGUUUUUUUAACUUUGCACUUUUCUCAUACAUUAUCUUACCUUACUGUUUUUUGGGGGGUUUGUUAUCCAAUGCCUUGAAAUGCUAUUUUUCAAGAGGAGUGAAACUGGCACAGUUUUGCAGUAUGCUGUGAAUGCAAAAAAAAAAUGCACACAGAAAUGACUUAAGUGUGAGAGAUGAUGGUUGCAUGCUUUGAAUCUUUAUGUAUUUUUCUCUUUUUUGUGAUAAAUGAUUCUUUAAUAAAUCUUUUAAAGAAAAUGUU